AGGACUCUCAGACGCUAACGAGGGAUGGAGUGACGACCCUGAGCGCCUCACAGCCCGACAGACGGACGCACCAGCGAAAGACGCUCCUGACGAGGCACUCUGUGGGUGUUGAAAGGAUGUGGCGUGAGGAGCUGCGCAGUCGUCAGUUCUGGAAGGCCAUGAUGGCGGAGCUGCUCGGCACGCUGGUGCUGGUGAGCGCCGUCUUGGGUGCAUCUGUGCCGGGGCCUGGACAGUCCCCUGUGGGACCCCUGUACCCAGCGGUGGCCCUCGGUGUGGUGAUCGUUGCACUGGGACACUGUUUUGGGGAAAUAAGCGGCGCGCAGGUGAACCCUGCAGUCACUCUGGCCCUGCUGGCCACACGGCGGCUGGAAGUCCUCAGAGCCGUCGUCUACAUCACAGCCCAAUGUUUGGGGGCUUGUUUGGGGGCCGGGGCCCUCUACCUGGCCUUGCCCCUAAAAAGCACCGCGGAUUUUUUUGUCAACAAGGUACCGAUUGAGUUGAAUGCAGCUCAGGCGCUCGGCAUUGAGGUCUUAUGCACCUUCCAGUUGGUCUUCACUGUCUUCUCAGUGGAGGACCAGCGACGAAGGGAAAGCUCAGAGCCAGGAAAUCUGGCUAUUGGACUGGCACACACUGCUGGAGUGAUGAUAGGGGCCCGGUUCUCUGGUGCUAGUAUGAACCCUGCACGGUCUCUGGGUCCUGCCAUUAUCACAGGAUUCUGGGAGAACCAUUGGGUGUACUGGAUCGGACCAGUGCUGGGAGCGAUGCUGGCCGGUGUGUCUCAUGAGUUUUUCUUUGCACAAAGUGCCCCCCGCCAGAAGCUGGUGGCAUGUCUGACCUGUAAGGACAUCGAGAUUGUGGAGACGGCCAGCAUGACCGGCUCAUCUUUAUCCACAGUCACCCAGAACGCCACCAGAGCCAAGCAGGCCCACAAACAAGACAACAACUGAGCUCCCGACUGAUGCAGCUUCAAUGUGUCGCGCUAGUGAAGGUUUAGACAACAUUGUGCGACUGUCCACAUUUGCAUAUGGUUAGAACGACAUGUUGCGGCCUCAUUGAACAACAAUCCCACGCUCGCUUUGUUGUGUUUUGUAGCAUCCUGAAGCUUUGAAAUGCUAAAUAGCCUCAAUGAUGCUCUUAUUAGCAUUUUUGUCUUCUCUGAAGUCUUUUGUUCACAAUCAAAUAGAGCAGACCACUAAUGGCUGCACAUUCACUGAACAUAAGCCCUAUGUAGUUACUGAUAUAUUUGCAGUUUA